AUGCCGUGCGCCACUAAAAAUGCCAUUGAUCCAAGCUGUGCAAAUGCCAGCCCUUGUACACAGGGUCGCCCCUCUUUCCUGUUGUUAUUUGACGAGAUCAACAAGUCGCUUCCCGAUUUGGUACAUACUUAUGCGGUCGCCGUUUUUGUUAUCGUGAAAUAUUUGUUGGCCGGCGGGAAAUUCGUGGAAAAUCGGUGGAACAUGAUUGGGAGUUUUGAUAGCGGGGAGAUUGAAGGAGGAGGGGAUGGAGGGAGUUUUGCGUUUGCAAAUUCGCCAAGUGCACGGUCGAUACGGCAAGAUACUAUCGAGAAAAACACAGCCGGGAUAUCAAUGAACGGGGGUAACUGUAUACGGGGUAACCGUAUGCACACGAGAGCCAAAGCGAGAGGUAUCAAAGUGGGAGUGAUGAUGGGGUGUGGUACUACAAAUGAGGAGCAACAAAGUAUACACGCUGGAACUAGAUGA